AGGUGACAUAACCUAUAAUAUAAUUUCUGUUUUCUGUAGACUUGUCUGUGCUCAGUGUUUUUGAAAUUAUUUGAUAUGAGAAUUAUUCCUAAUUUACAGUAUUCUAUUAAAUAUCGGAGUGAUUCAACUAGAUAUUUAAACUAAAAAUUCAACUUUAUUUAACUAUAGGUUCACCCUGUUUACUGAUUCUCUUUUGCAAUGUAGAAACCGCUUGUUAUUAUAAAUCUAUUAUCGCAAGUUGGUGUUUAGAUUGACGUUACCUAUAUUAUUGAAUUAGCCUACAGUGAUUAUGCAAUAAAUUAUUGUAAAAUGGCUCAUAGUCCUGAUAUUUUGACAAGUCAAUUGUAUUCAACGUCUGAGUUUUACAUUGGAUUGGGAUUUGCUAUCAGCUCAUGCUUAUUCAUUGGAGCCAGUUUUAUAAUAAAGAAAAUCGCUCUUAUUCGACUUUCUAAAGGAGGUUCGGUUAGAGCGGCUGCCGGAGGAUUCGGAUAUCUCAAAGAAUGGAUCUGGUGGACUGGCUUAAUCACAAUGGGAAUAGGUGAAGGAGCCAAUUUUGCGGCCUACGCGUUCGCCCCAGCUUCCCUGGUUACCCCGCUAGGAGCGCUCAGUGUCCUUGUGUCUUCAGUGCUAGCGUCCAAAUUUCUCAACGAAAGACUCAAUCUGUUGGGAAAGCUAGGCUGUUUUCUGUGUAUAUUGGGAUCUACAAUAAUUGUAAUUCACGCUCCCAAAGAGGAAGAAAUUGAAAGUCUAGAAGUGCUAAUUGAAAAACUUCAAGAACGUGAUUUCAUUCUGUACGUGAUGUUGGUGAUUACGACUGCAAUAAUGAUAAUAUUCUACUUUGGGCCGUUGUACGGCCAUCGUAACGUGUCCGUCUAUCUAAUCCUGUGCUCGUCUAUUGGCUCACUGACAGUCAUGUCUUGCAAGGGCCUCGGUCUGGCCAUCAGGGAGACACUUUCUGGACAACGCAACGAAAUGCGUCACUGGCUGACGUGGACCUUCCUGGCGCUGGUGUUAGUGUUCAUAACCGUGCAGAUGAACUACCUGAACAAGUCACUGGAUAUGUUCAACACGGGCAUCGUGACACCUGUCUACUACGUCAUGUUCACCGCUCUAGUUCUCACUGCCUCCGCAAUACUCUUCAAGGAGUGGCGCCACUUGUCUGGCCAGGAUAUCCUGGGCAGCAUUUGCGGCUUUCUGGUGGUGAUAGUGGCGAUAGUGCUGCUCAACACAUUCAAGGACAUGGAAAUCUCACUGAACGAUGUGCGAGGCGUCUGGCGGCCAAAACGUGAACUAUUGGUCUCCCAUAACAGCCACGCCCUGGCCGACAAUCGGCGCCUCUCCGCCUACGGCACUUCCGAUAACAACAUGUUCUGACAAAUGCAUGCCAAGUUCUGGCAAUAGUUGCACAAUCACCAGAAUAGGUGUCCGUACUGAAAUUCACUUUCACAUUCAAAGUGAUAUUUUACAUCAAAUGUAAUCGUUGAGCUUAUAACAUUAGGACACCAGGAAUGAGGAGAAAGCUGCCUUGUUCCCCUACUGUUGGUGUCUGCGGGGCAUUAGUUCUCAUGACGCUUAUUGAAUAAAACACCAGAUUACGGUGUCCGGUUGGUGUCUCACUUGGGACACCGCAGGAAUUGGGACAUUAGGACACCGUAAUGUAAUCAUUCUUGAAUGGGAAGCGUUGUUGUUAUUAUUGUAAGAAAUGUCAACAGUUGGAAGUGAAUCUCACUAUGGCCGACUUUUUUCUCGUGACCCAACUAUUUCUUCAAUGACUAUCCAUGUUUACUUUUAACUUAAUAUUACAAGUGUAGUAGACCACUUAACCAGCACCUCCUAUAUACCAGACCUGAGCCUAUAAAAAAAGGCCGCCUCAGUUGUUCGCCGGCAUUAAUAUUUUAAACGGAAACUAGACGAACUGAGAUUUCGACAAACUGAGACCUUCCCAAACAGCUGAUUAGUGAUUUUUCUUAAUGGAAAAUUCAUUAACUACGGCGACCAUUUUUUCCAGGCUUAGGUCAGAAGGACCUGACAACCCACCGGUGAGGGAGAAGAAGAAGAGAAAUAAAAAGUAGCGAGAAUGUGAAGAAAGAAAGAUCAUUGAGAAAGAGAAGAUGAACAUGAGAAGCGAAGAGAAGAACGGAAAAGAAGGAGUGGAAGAAAGAUAACAAGAUUCAGAAUAUGUUUUCGGUUUAAGAAGAAAAAGGAGUUAAAUAUGGAUGGAAGAACCAGUAAAAAAUAUGAAAUUAGAAGAGAAUUGAGGAGAUUGAAGAAUAUAGUGUAUGAAAGGAAGAACUAAGAAAUAAGUAAUAGAAUAGGAGGAAAAACAUUCAAUAUAAGAAAGAAAUAGUAUAGGUAGCAGGAUAACAAUGCAUUGGAAGAUUGAUAAAAGUGUAGAAGAGGAGGAAUAAAAUUACGUAUCUGUGAUAUAUUAUGUAAGUCAUCUCUAGUGUUAUAUAAAUCAUAUAAAUAUAAGUACCAAAUUAUUAUAUUGUCAAUUAAAAAUUCACCAAGUACUUCCUUGAAAGAUAAUUUAAAAUUAAUGGAUAAUUUAAUUGGAAGAUUGAUAUAAAUCAAUUGAAGAUAGUAUGUUAUGGAAUAUAUAAAUUAUACUUUGGUUUGUUACUGAUAUACUGAUACAUAUUUUGCCUAGAUUGGAAAGCAGGAAAAUAAUCUCAAGAAUUCUGCUAUUUAAGGUUCGUACCCACUAGAACGUACCAGACACGGACCGUGUCAGACCAUGCCAGGCACGUAAAAUAACAACUAUGCCCACUACAACGGAUCAACAGCGUUCUAUGCCAGUACAUUACGCGUAUGGUACGCGUAUGAUGCACGGUCAGAAGUUGUUGGGAACGCGUCAGUUAACAACUAUGCCCACUACAACGGAUCAACAGCGUUCUAUGCCAGUACAUUACGCGUAUGAUGCACGGUCAGAAGUUGUUGGGAACGCGUCAGUUAGCAAGAGAAUGUAGCGGUGAACAGAUUUACGUAUUUUGCGGUGUUGUGAAAUAGUGUUCUAAUCAGUGUUCACAUAAUUAUUUUUAAAUAUGGCUAUUAGGCGAUUAUCAUUAACAGAAUUGGCAAUGGUUGCAAUUAUUUUGGACGAGGAAGAGGAAAAUAGAGGAACUCAGAGGCGCUAUUGGAUUCUCGAAUCUCUAAGAAAACGGAAAACUGAGGGGGAGUAUUGGACAUUAUAUAGGCACCUAAUGGAUGAUGAAGAAAAGUUUUUUUCGUAUUUCGUAUUAGCAAGUAGCAACUAACUAGGUACUUUACCACAAUGGUGUCUACACUGGUUACCAACGCGGCGCAUGCGCGGUUACAACGGGGUUUGCAGGCGUCACGUACCAUGCAAGGAGCGUUUCGUCAUAGACAAAAUAUACUGGCCGACAAAUGUUGAACUGGACGUGCAUGGCACGUUCCGUGCUUGGCCGGUGACGGAACGGUCUAAUGGGUGUAUUACAUAUCAAAUGAUGCAAAGAAUAUUUUUUUGCAUGUGUCGGUACGGGCACGGUCAUGGUAUGAUACGUUAUAGUGGGUACGAACCUUUAAUUAGUAAGAACUUUUAUUUCCUCACAAUGAACUGAGGAUUUUUAUUUAUAUACUCAAUUCGGAGGGUUUUCACUUCUAUUAAGUAUUAUGUGUGUGUUACCCUGUUGGUGUUUUACAAUUUAAUUGUAAAAUACAAAUUGAGAUAAGCAACUGUAAUAUGCGUAUAUUAUCCAGCAAAUGACUGUUGUUAUGAUCAAAUUUUAUUAAUUCUUGCAUCAAAUUAAAUCCAAUUGUAAUUUUGUUCAAUAAACAUCAAGAGCUUCCUUUGCUUUUUAAAGACUAAAAUCUCGAGAAUUGCGAUAUGACUGAUUUGAACUGAAUUUUUCUAGUAUUGUAUAUUCGAAUAUAAGUUAAAUGGUCUAAUUUUUCAAGACUUAUGUAUCUUUUGUUUCUAAUUCGUUGAAUAAUGUCAAAAUUCAAUGUAGGGUAAAUGAGUUAUUGAAAAAUGAAUCUUGUCAUAAUAUAAUAAACAUUUAUAACUGAUACGUAAAUUUUAUGAAAUUUAAGGGUUUUAAUAAUUGUGAGAUAUGUGCCAUCUUGAAUGUUCUACCGUAAACCACAAUCAAGCACUCAGAAUAACUAAGUGAAUCUCGUUCUCGUUUUGUGAGAUUCACUCCAAAUUGUCUGCAUCAAUUGAAUUGGAAGCAUUGAUUACUGACAGAUGUGGGAAUGCUGACGGUUUGAAGUGAAUUCCACUUCAGGGGCUAGUAGCCCCUCCUCCUCAGGAGAUUGAGAAUUAUAGUAAGGUUCACGUGAAAGUGCUAACGUUGGUUGAUGUUAUUCAGCUCAGUGUUCAAUACAGUUUACUUGGCGUAAAUAUUCUUUGAUUCGAUAAAUAUUAGUAAUGAUAUUGGUUGUUUUAUAAACCAGUAUUUAUUUUAUUCAAAUCCUCUGUAUUUGGAUAAUUUUAUAUAAUGGGUAAAUCUAACAUUGCAUUUUUAAAAAUGUGAUUGAAUUAUUGUAAUGAUUCAGAAGUAUGAUGAGAGAGAAAAACGUGACAAAUAACUCAUUUUAAUUUUAACCGUAUGUUUGAUGGGACCAUUAUUUUUGGCGAUAUGUUUGUUAAUUUUACAUUUUUUUCAAACGAUAAACAACUGAAUAUUGAUAGAAUUAUUUAUUCCAUAGUCUCGACUCUAGUAUCAGUGUCAAUUAUUAAUUUAUUAACAGUAUUCAUGAUUUUUUUGGUUCAUUUUUCAGAGAUCUCUUAGUAAUAUUUAUGUCGUUUUGCAAAAUAAAUUUAUUCACAAGAGAAACAUGAAA